GAUAAGAGGUAAGAAGAAGAAGAAGAAGAGGAUCAGAUACAUCUUUGGCGACUGCUAAAUAGAAAUAAAAAUAAUGGAGAAAUUCAUUGGCGUUUGGAAGCUUGUUAAUGCUGAAAACUUUGAUGAGUACAUGAAAGCAUUCGGUAUUUCUGAUGAAUGGAGAAACAUUGGACAUGUUCUUAAACCGAAAAUGAUUAUUUCCCAAGAUGAUGACACGGUGGUCUUUGAUGUAGAGAGCCUUGUUGCUAACCAAAAAAUUUCUUUCAAACUGGGUGAGGAGUUCCAGUCGAAGACGAUGGAUGGCAAAGACUGCAAAGUGACUGUGAGCCUAGAUGGAGACAGCCUCAUUGAGGUGUCAAAGUGGGAUGAUUCUGAGUCUUGCAAUGUCUACAUGAUCAAGGAUGGGCAACUGAUCAAGUCAAUGUCAUACGAGGAUAUUGUGGCAGUGCGCACCUUUGAGAAGGUCUGAAAAUCAGACAAGCUAUCUUCUGUUUUCCUCUUCUUUCACUGAGCUGCAGUCUGAAAACGUCUUCAUCUGAAGUCUUCAAAAUGGAUUAGAAGAACAAUUAUUAUAAUGUUUUUUUGUCUUUCUGGAGUAAUACAUGUGCAGACAAAAGACAAAUAAUAAAAUAAAAUUAAAAAUAAUAAAUAAAUAACAUGCAAUAACAUGC